CGACACGUAGCGGCUUUGCGCGAUUUGUUUAAGCUGGUAACUUGAGUAAUUAACAUAGUUUAAACGUGUUGGUGGCCUCUUCCUAUGCUCCGCCAUUUUGUACAAGACGAAUGCUAAUCAUGGGCGCUCUUUCACUUUAUUUAUGGCCAGAAUAAAACUGAGACAUGGAGAGCAAACUCAAACUCAACCAGUAUCCAUCAGCUCCGACUGUUGAGCACUUUUCAAAUGGUUGUGGCCACGGUGCAAUCAGAAAAUAUCACCUUAAUUCAGUGUUGAACCUGCGUCAGGACUAAAACGUUAUAUCGUAUUAUUAGACGGAUUAAAACGCAUCUAAGUUUGGACAGUUGGCUCGGAAAACAGUGUUCUCCUCAAUAUUGGUGAACAAAUAACCCUCUCGGCCGCUCAUAACCAGGUUGGUCAUAUCAGCGGAGUGGGAAUGACUGACACUCCACCUAAUGAUGGCCCCUCCCAGGGAGCUGAGUUUGACAUGAUGGGCGCUCUGGAUUGGAAGGAUGGUAUCGCCACGCUGCCGGGCAGUGAUAUCAGGUUCCGCAUGACCGAGUUUGGGACACUUGAGAUUGUCACAGAUCUGGAGGUCAAAGGUCAGGAGACAGAGCCCAAGCGUGAGACCUUGGACCCCGCACCAUCUCACACUCCCACCCCUCCCCCAGAGAGCCAAUCACAGGCCAGCACAGCGGCCUCUCCGGCCAAUCAGAGCAAGCCAGGCCCGUCUCAAGCAAAAGCUCCUGGUCCUGUGCUUUUGUCUUUAGAGGAGGGCCCCAGCACGGAGGGCCCCAAUGUGGAGGUCGGUCCCAGCGUCGAGGUGGGCUCUAGCGCUGACGCGGGUCCCAAUGGCGAGCUGUCGAGGUGUCGCGCCUGUGGCGGCCGCGUGUCCAGAGAUGCCCUCCUGCAGGGCAAGUUCUGCAGCUCUGCUUGUGCUCAGCCCUCCAGUGGCAGGUCGUCUCCGGGAGAAGCCCGGGAGAGUCAGGUAGUGGAGGGCGAGAGGCUGGGGAAACGUGUGCGCAAAAAGAGAAAGAUCUACAUGGAUUCUGGCGAUGAAGAAGAGGAGAACCAAGAUGAACCAGAGGAAAAGGCCAGGACUACCAAAGGAAGGAGAGGAAGCAAGAUGGCUAAACUGGUGAAUGCCCCAGCAAACAAGAAACGAGCAUGGAGCUGGCCUGCUUACCUGGAAGAGGAGAAGGCCAUCGCUGCGCCUGUGAAGUUUUUCAAAGAGCACCAGUCGUUUCCUCAGAGCAGGAACGGUUUUAAAGUGGGAAUGAAACUGGAGGGGCUCGACCCGGCCCACCCGUCUCUGUUCUGUGUGCUCACUGUUGCAGAGAUCCUGGGUUACAGAGUCAGGCUCCACUUUGAUGGUUACCCGGAAUGUUAUGACUUUUGGGCCAACGCCGACUCGUGGGAUCUGAAACCAGCCGGCUGGUGUGAGAAGUACGGACACAAGUUACUGUUGCCUAAAGGUUGUAAAGAUGGAGAAUUUAACUGGAGCAUGUAUGUGAAGAACUGUAGAGGACAGCUCGCCCCAAAACACCUCUUUAAGAGCCUCAAUACAUCCGUCACUCCGUCGGGCUUUCGAGCGGGAAUGAAACUGGAGGCGGUCAACAGGAAGAACCCUUCGCUGAUCUGUGUAGCAACAAUUGCUGCUGUUGUUGACAAUCGUUUGCUCAUUCAUUUUGACAAAUGGGACGACACAUACGAUUAUUGGUGUGAUGCCAGCUGUCCGUACAUCCAUCCUGUGGGUUACUGUAAAGAGAAUGAGCUCACGCUGACCACUCCUGCUGAGUACAAAGAGCCGCCGAGUUUCUCGUGGGAGAAGUACCUGGAAGAGACGGCGUCGCAGGCUGCUCCAGCACGAGCUUUCAAACCAAGACCUCCUCACGGUUUCCAGUAUGGGAUGAAAGUGGAAGCUGUGGAUAAGAGGAACCCCAUGCUCAUACGUGUUGCUACUAUAGCAGACUCAGACGACCACAGAGUGCAGAUCCACUUUGAUGCCUGGAGUUCAGAGUACGACUACUGGGUCGAGACGGACUGUCCAGACCUGCACCCUGUCGGCUGGUGUCAGAAAACCGGGCACCCACUACAGUAUCCUAACGGCUCCAGUGAUGUAUUGACUGCCCCAGGACAAGGAUGUCCUACCCCAGGAUGCAACGGGGUUGGACACAUCAGGGGCCCUCGCCACGGGACCCACUACACUCAGGUGAGCUGUCCUUACUCCGAGAUGAACCUGAACAAAGAGGGCUUGCUGCCAGACCGUCUCAGCGGCGAGAGGCCGCUUGCGCUCAGUGGAUCUCAGCCCCGUGGGCGACGCCUGGACUCCAACGCCAACUCCAACGCGCAGACAGCAGAGCAGCCCGAAGGAGCCGAGGACGCCCAGAACAGGAAACCGACGGCUGUGGAAGUUGAGCGUUCGGGGUGCAACAGCCAGCUGGAUCCACUGGGUGGAGCCAGCGAGCAGAGCCAGAACGGGACCAGGCCUAAGCGGACGGCUCCAGUUCCUAAAUAUCUGAAAAUGCACUAUGUCAAAGAGGAGAUCGGUGACAGUAAAGCCUCUCCAGACAGCAUCUCUCUCCAGCAGGCCCUCCACGAGUCUGUGUUCUCCCCUGGCAUCUCCGCCUCUCCUCCCCACCGGGUGGCUCUCUGCUGGGACAAACACUGCCAGCUGCUGCCCGAGGUGCUGGGGCUGACGGCCAAGAGGGUGGCCACUUGGAGCGCCGAGGAGGUGGCCGGUUUCGUCAAAGGACUCCCAGGAUGUAAAGAACACGCUGCUACAUUCAAAACUGAGCAAAUAGAUGGCGAGGCCUUCCUGUUACUCACACAAACGGACAUCGUCAAGAUCCUGUCAAUCAAACUGGGGCCCGCCCUGAAGAUCUACAACUCCAUCCUCAUGCUGAAGAACGCCGACGAAGAGUAGCGACCCGAGUCCGCCGGGAUCUCUCCCUCCUCACAGGUCCCUGGAGCUGCAGCUCCGUCAAAACUCAACCCAAGACAUUUGAGGACGCUUUCAUAACAAGUUCAAUAUGUCGAGCUGUGCGAGAGCGCAGCUACACAAUGGAAAACAAGUGGAAGCCAUUACCCCGAGAACAUUUUACCUGUCCUAACUCUAAGCUCAUUUGUCCCUGAUGGGCGGCGCUGGUUAACCUGGGAAAUCCAUCCAUGGAAAUUAUUUAACUUAUAUUGUGUUUGUUUACCGAGUCAUUACACACAAAAAAAAAAAGACUUAAUGCACCUUCAAGGCUCCUCAGCGUUGUACAGGCUAUGAAUUGGAUUCUGCGUCAAAGUUUGGUUGCAUUUCUUGUUUAUCUUUGUUUUUUUUUUUUUGUGUGAUCUGUAAUGUAAUGGAGCUGAAGCUCAGUGCAGAUAGAACAAAUGAGGUAGUGUUGGGAAAAUGUUUUUUUUGUGCGCGCGCGUGUGUGUGUGUGUGUGUGCGUGUGUGUGAAGAUGCAAAAUACAAUCGCGAGGUGAAGCAGAAGCACUAUGUAGUUCACUUUUUCUCCUUCAGGAGGACGAAGUGGGCCGCCUAACAGGCCCAAAGGGCAAGAGUGUUUUAUUUGGACUUGGCUGAAGUUUCGACUGAAUACGGGAUGAUCUGAACUCUGUGUGUGUCUGCGUGAGAGCGUGCAUGUGUGCGACCACAAAUGUGACAAAGUGUGUUUGAGGGAUACAGGUGUAAUUUGCUGCCAUCCUGUGAGUGUUGUUGGGGAUAGAGGACUGUUCUGUUACAGGCAGGGCUGAGGACACUUGCGGUCUUUAAGACUGGAACGAGGCAUGCGAGGCAUUUUUCUUCCUGCGGGACGAGGUGGAGCGACCCCUGAAAUAUGAAUGUUGAGUAACAGCCUUCUGCUGUUCUGUUAAUAUUGAUCAUUUUGUUGUUUCAAACAGCCUUGCAGUGUAAAUAGUAUACAGCUACAAAAGGACGGCCUCGCUCCUGACCAGAGUUUACUCCUGCUUAAUUAUGCAAAAAGGCUUGACAUCUGCCUACGGGGAAGGACUUUUGAGCAGCAAACUGCAAAAAAAAAAAAAAAAAAAGAGCCUCAAUCCCUAGAUUUUGGAGAAAAAAAAUAAAACAAAAAGAAAACAUUGUUGGUGUCUUUGUAAAUCUGCCUGUAUCUCAGCAAGUUUGAAUGUGUACAUCAGCAACUGUUUAUAUGCAAACAGCUUUUAUUUAUGUAUUGUAAUUUAAGGGGUAACGGUACGCCGCUCCGGCUCGGAGGAAGCUGCGGCUGUUUGGUGGAAUGUGUGAAUGGGCGAAAAAAAAUAAAUGAGAUGCACACCG